AUGACACCUGAAAGGCGCAACCUCACCGACGACGAGCGCGAGGCCAUCCUUCGGGAGGUCUUGCUUCGCAGCAACGGCAGCUACAUCACCAGGCUGCCGAAAGGUUUCAGCCAGGAGCUGGCAGACAAGUACAAGUGCCACGUUUCCACUAUUCGCCGGGUCCUUGCAGUUGCGAAGCAGCAGGGAAUCGGUGGUGGCAACAUGAAAGUAACUGUUGCCAGCAAGAUGAAGGGCAGAGUGGGGAGGAAGAAGGCGUUCACUGCAGAGCAAGUAAAAGCAAAGCUCUUGCAAGUACCUCUUGCUCAACGCACCACGCUUCGAUCCAUUUCGGAACGCACAGGAAUAAGUUUGGGAUCAUUGCAUCGAUACCUUAAACUUGGCUUGUUUCGUUCACACUCCAACGCAAUUAAACCACUCCUCACCGACGCAAACAAGUAUGGUCGGAUGAAGCAUGCGGUCGAGUUCGUUGGCUCCACGUUAGAGCUGAACGACAUGCUGCAGUUUGUUCACUUGGACGAGAAAUGGUUUUAUAUUACAAAGGUGAGUCGUAAGUAUUAUCUCGUGCCUGGUGAGAAAGAGCCAAAACGCGAGUGCAAAAGCAAACAGUAUAUUACGAAAGUAAUGUUCCUUUGCGCGGUGGCACGUCCACGCUACAACCACGCGACAGACAGCUGGUGGGAUGGCAAGAUCGGUAUUUGGCCCUUUGUCGAGCCCGUGGCAGCGCAGCGUGAUAGUGUGAACCGCAAAGCCGGCACCCUCGAAACAAAGUCAAUCACCGUGACAAAGGACGUGUACCGUACCUUUUUGCUGGACAAGGUCUUGCCUGCAAUCGUCGCCAAAUGGCCGCGCGCCGAUCACACCAUCAAGUUGCAGCACGACAAUGCUCGCGCACAUGUCACGCCAGAGGACGCGAAACUCAAGGCGGCCCUGGACACGUACAAGGCAGUCGGCUGGUAUAUGUCGCUCGCCCCACAGCCGCCAAACUCACCCGACACGAACGUCCUGGACCUCGGCUUCUUUGCUGCCAUCCAAUCCCUACAGCACCGCAAGUCAGCACGUACAAUUGACGAGCUCGUUGGUCACGUGGAGAGUGCAUUCGUCGAGUACCCUUUGGCGCGUUUGAAUCACACGUUCAUGACGCUGCAGUCCUGCCUGGUGGAGACCUUGAAGCUGUUCGGCGACAAUGCCUACAAGGUGCCACACAUGUCCAAGGAGAAGGAAGAGCGCAAAGGAAUGCUACCGCAAAACGUGUCGUGCCCGAGGGAUGUCUUCGAAGCAGCCAAGGUCAGGUUGGAUGGCGUGGCGUAUGCUAAGCUGGACUGUGUCCUAGCAGCCGAACUGGAGGAGGCUCGUUGCAUCGACGAGCUCGCGCAGGCACUCGAAACCAUUGCGCUGGACGACGACGAGCCGGACGACAUCAUAUCUGCCCUGUGUGACGCAGGCAUCGAUCCCAUUAGUGUAGUAGAAGAUGACGAGUAA